AUGUGGCCGUGUGGGCGGGGCCCGCAGCGGUGUGGGGCGGGGUCUGGCGAGCCCGCGGAGGUGGGGGACCGGCCUGGGCAGGCGGGCGAUGGCGCGGGGACUCAGCGCGCUCCUCCGCCCGCAGGGGACGUGUUCUUCGCCACGCGCCAGGAGCAGUUCACCUUCCUGGAAGCGCGGGCGUUCUGCGAGUCCCACAACGCCACCCUGGCCUCCACGGGCCAGCUCUACGCCGCCUGGAGCCGCGGCCUGGACAAGUGCUACGCCGGCUGGCUGGCGGAUGGCAGCCUCCGCUACCCCAUCGUCACCCCUCGGCCGGCCUGCGGCGGCGACAAGCCAGGCGUGCGAACCGUCUACCUGUACCCCAACCAGACGGGCCUCCCGGACCCGCUCUCCCGGCACCACGCCUUCUGCUUCCGAGGUGUACCAGUGGCGCCCUCUCCGGGAGAAGAGGAAGGCAGCACGCCCACUCCACCCUCUGGAGUGGAGGACUGGAUUGUCACACAAGUGAGGCCCGAUGUGGCUGCUGUCCCCGUGGAGGAGACGACCGCGGUCCCAGACUUCACCAUUGAGCCAGAAAACCAGACAGAAUGGGAACCAGCCUACACAUCCCCGCUUCCAGGGCUCCCUGCCACGUGGCCUGCCACCAGCCCAACGGCGGAGGGACUCACAGAAGGCCCUUCUGCAACUGCAGAGCCCUCUGCCUCAGAGGAGCCAUCCACGCCUUCUCUCUCUGUGCCAAGUGGGACGGAGCUGCCUGGCUCUGGGGAGGUAUCUGGGGCCCCUGACCUCAGUGGUGACUUCACAGGCAGUGGAGAAGCUUCAGGACACCUUGACUUCAGUGGGCAGCCCUCAGGGGGCAUCGCAAGUGGACUGCCCUCAGGCGACCUUGAACCCAGUGGCUUCACCUCCACCGUGGGCUCUGGCCUGCCUGUGGGAAGUGGGCUGGCCUCAGGAGAUGAACAUGGAGUUGAGUGGUCCAACACAACAAUCGUUGGCAGGUUGCCUUCUGCAGGUGAGGGCCAAGAGGGCUCUGCUUCUGGAGUAGAAGAUGUCAGUGGACUUCCUACUGGAGGAGAAGGUCUAGAAACCUCUGCCUCUGGAGUAGAGGAUGUAAGUGGACUGACUUCUGCAGGAGAAGGUCUAGAAACCUCUGCCUCUGGAGUAGAGGGCAUCAUUGUACUUCCUACUGAAAGAGAAGGUCUAGAAACUUCUACCUCUGGAGUAGAGGAUGUCAGUGGACUUCCUACUAGAGGAGAAGAAGGUCUAGAAACUUCUGCCUCUGGAGUAGAGGAUGUCAGUGGACUUCCUACUAGAGGAGAAGGUCUAGAAACUUCUGCCUCUGGAGUAGGAGACCUCAGUGGGCUUCCUACAGGAGAAAGUCUAGAGACUUCUGCCGCUGGAGUAGAGGAUGUCAGUGGGCUUCCUUCAGGAGAAGGUCUAGAAACUUCUGCCUCUGGAAUAGAGGACAUCAGUGCACUUCCUACUGAAAGAGGAGAUCUAGAAACUUCUGCCUCUGGAGUAGAGGACAUCAGUGGGCUUCCCUCAGGAGAAGGUCUAGAAACUUCUGCCUCUGGACUAGGGGACAUCAGUGGAUUUCCUACUGAAAGAGGAGGUCUAGAAACUUCUGCCUCUGGAGUAGAGGACGUCAGUGGACUUCUUUCUGGAGGAGAAGGUCUAGAGACUUCUGCCUCUGGAGUAGAGGACAUCAGAGGGCUUCCCUCAGGAGAAGAAGGUCUAGAAACUUCUGCCUCUGGAGUAGAGGAUAUCAGUGCACUUCCUACUGAAAGAGGAGGUCUAGAAACUUCUGCCUCUGGAGUAGAGGAUGUCAGUGGACUUCCCACUGGAGUAGAAGGUCUAGAAACUUCUGCCUCUGGAGUAGAGGACAUCAAGGACGUCAGUGGACUUCCUUCUGGAAGGGAGAGUCUAGAGACCUCAGCUUCUGGAGCUGAGGACGUCAGUGGGUCUCCUUCUGGAAAAGACUUGGUGGGCUCUGCUUCUGGGCCCUUGGACUUUGGUAGACUGCCGUCAGGGACUCUAGGAAGUGGACAAGCUCCAGAAGCAAGUGGCCUUCCAUCUGGAUUCAGUGGUGAGUAUUCUGGAGUGGACCUUGGAAGUGGCCCGGCCUCUGGCCUGCCUGACUUCAGUGGCCUGCCCUCUGGACUCCCAACUGUCUCCCUGGUGGAUGCUACGUUGGUGGAAGUUGUCACAGCCACCACACCAAUCGAGUUGGAAGGGAGGGGAACAGUUGGCAUCAGUGGUGUAGGAGAAACCUCUGGGCUGCCCCUCGGCGAGCUGGACGUUAGUGGGGGAGCGAGUGGACUCCCUUCUGGAACUGAACUCAGUGGCCAGGCGUCUGGGUCUCCUGACCUCAGUGGAGAAGCAUCUGGACUCUUCGGUGUUAGUGGGCAGCCAUCUGAGUUUCCUGACAUCCAUGGGGAACCGUCAGGAAUGGCCGAGCUCAGCGGACUAUUUUCCGGACAGCCAGACGUCAGUGGGGAGGCCUCUGGAGCUCUUUUUGGCAGUGGCCAUCCCUUUGGCGUAACCGACCUGAGUGGAGAAAUCUCUGGGGCUCCUGAUCUCAGCGGGCAGCCAUCAGGGACACCAGAGUUCAGUGGAGCAACCCCUGAGACCCCUGGCUUGGCUUCUGGGACUGUGAGUGGCAGUGGUGAAUCUUCUGGCAUUACGUUUGUGGACACCAGUUUGGUGGAAGUGACCCCUACUACAUUUAAAGAAGAAGAAGGUUUAGGGUCUGUGGAGCUCAGUGGCCUCCCUUCUGGGGAGACAGAUCUGUCAGGCACAUCUGGGAUGGUGGACGUCAGUGGGCAGCCUUCUGGAACAGUUGAUUUCAGCGCGUUUCCAUCCCAGCCUCCAGAAUUCAGUGGGCUCCCGAGUGGAGUGGCUGAGGUCAGUGGAGAAUCCUCUGGAGCCGAGGUUGGGAGCAGCCUGCCCUCGGGAGCAUUCGACGGCAGUGGCCUUCCAUCAGGUGUCCCCACUGUCUCCCUGGUAGACAGAACUUUGGUGGAGUCUGUAACUCAGGCUCCACCCGCCCAGGAAGCUGGAGAAGGACCUUCAGGCGUGUUGGAACUCAGUGGGGCUCACUCUGGAGACCACUCUGGAUCUGUGGACCUCAUUGGGCUGCAGUCUGGGAUAGUGGAACCCAGCGGAGAGCCACCAAGCACUCCAUAUUUUAGCGGUGACUUUUCCAGUACCUCUGAUACAAGUGGAGAAUCUUUGGCAUCCCCAAGCGCCAGUGGGGACACCUCGGGACUUCCAGAAGUUACUUUAAUCACUUCGGAGUUUGUGGAGGGUGUGACCGAAGCAACUGUUUCCCAGGAACUUGGCCAAAGACCGCCUGUGACACACGUGCCUGUGCUGUUUGAGGCCAGUGGGGAAUCCUCGGCCUCUGGGGACAUGGGUGGGGCCACACCAACCUUCCCCGGGCCUGGAGGAGAACCAUCAGUGGUGCCUGAAGCCAGUAGUGGGUCGUCUGCCUAUCCUGAGUCUGGGGUGGCCCCCGAGGCUAGUAGCGAGGCACCUGAGUCCACUGAUCUGCGAGAAGCCACCUCUGCCUUCCCAGAAUCUGCGCUAACAAGUGCCUCUGGCCUGGGACCCAGCAGCAGCCCUUGGACCUUUCAUGAAGGUCCCAGAGAGGGGUCAGCUGGUCCAGAAGUGAGUGGAGAGGUAACCCCCAGCUAUGACGUGGGCACAGAGGUAUCAGCUACUCCCAUGGCUUCUGGAGACAGGACUGAAGUCCGCGGAGACCCAUCUGGUCACACCUCAGGGCUGGAUGUGAUCCUCAGCACCAGCGAGCCAGAGUCUGAGUGGAUCCAGCAAACUCAGCGUCCUGCAGAGGCGCGUCUAGAAACCGAGUCCUCCGGCCGCUGGUACUCAGGAGAAGAGACCCCAACAGCCAACACAGCCACCUACCCAACAGACGCCUCCAUCCCUGCGGCUCCACAAGGGGCAGGAGAGGCAGAGUCACCUGCUGCAGACAUUGAUGAGUGCCUUUCAAGCCCUUGUCUGAAUGGAGCCACCUGCCUGGACGCCAUCGACGCUUUCACAUGCUUAUGCCUUCCCAGCUACGGAGGGGACCUGUGUGAGAUCGACCAGGAGGUAUGUGAGGAGGGCUGGACCAAGUUCCAGGGCCACUGUUACCGCCACUUCCCCGACCGCGAGACCUGGGUGGACGCUGAGCGACGGUGCCGGGAGCAGCAGUCACACCUGAGCAGUAUCAUCACCCCUGAGGAGCAGGAGUUUGUCAACAAGAACGCUCAAGACUACCAGUGGGUUGGACUGAACGACAGGACCAUCGAAGGGGACUUCCGCUGGUCAGAUGGACACCCCUUGCAAUUCGAGAAGUGGCGCCCCAACCAGCCUGACAACUUCUUUGCCACCGGAGAGGACUGCGUGGUGAUGAUCUGGCACGAGAGGGGCGAGUGGAAUGACGUCCCCUGCAACUACCAUCUGCCCUUCACGUGUAAAAAGGGCACAGUGGCCUGCGGAGACCCUCCUGUGGUGGAGCAUGCCAGAACCCUCGGGCAGAAGAAGGACCGGUAUGAGAUCAAUUCCCUGGUGCGGUACCAGUGCACCGAGGGCUUCGUCCAGCGCCAUGUGCCCACCAUCCGGUGCCAGCCCAGCGGGCACUGGGAUGAGCCUCGGAUCACCUGCACAGACCCCACCAGCUACAAGCGCAGACUGCAGAAGCGGAACUCACGGCCAGCCCGGAGGAGCCGAGCCAGCCCAGCCCACUGA